CAACUUCUAUCGUUUUAUCUUAUUGGUCAAUCUCUCCUCACACGGCUGCGCACACAAGCUCACUGCCUUCGACGUUUAAGACAGUGGAGCAGCAUGGCGACAUCCGGCAAGGUCAUCAAGUGCAAGGCUGCUGUAGCCUGGGAGUCGGGAAAGCCUCUGACCAUUGAAGAUGUGGAGGUGGCGCCACCCAAGGCCCAUGAGGUUCGGAUUAAGAUCUUUGCCACUGGAGUGUGCCACACUGACGCAUACACUCUAAGUGGCAGUGACCCUGAGGGGGUCUUCCCCAUCAUCCUAGGCCAUGAGGGCGCUGGCACCGUGGAGAGUGUUGGCGAGGGUGUAACCAAGUUUAAGCCCGGUGAUACUGUCAUCCCGUUGUAUGUGCCUCAGUGUGGGGAAUGCAAGUUCUGCAAAAAUCCCAAGACCAAUCUCUGCCAGAAAAUUAGAGUGACCCAAGGUCAGGGCCUGAUGCCCGACGGGACUUCCCGCUUCACUUGCAAGGGCAAGAAGUUGUUCCACUUCAUGGGGACCAGCACCUUCUCAGAGUACACUGUGGUGGCGGACAUCUCCCUGGCCAAAAUCAAUGAAAAGGCUCCCCUUGACAGGGUGUGCCUCCUUGGGUGCGGCAUCUCCACUGGAUACGGUGCUGCGCUGAACACCGCCAAGGUGGAACCCAAUUCCACAUGCGCCGUCUUUGGCCUGGGAGCCGUCGGCCUGGCCGCCAUCAUGGGUUGCAAGGUGGCUGGGGCUACUCGCAUCAUCGGUGUCGACAUCAACCCGACCAAGUUUGACAAAGCCAGGGAGUUCGGCGCCACUGAGUUUGUCAACCCCAAAGACCACAGCAAGCCCAUCAACGAGAUACUGGUGGAGAUGACCGACGGCGGCGUGGACUACUCGUUUGAGUGCAUCGGCAAUGUGCAGCUCAUGCGAGCUGCUCUGGAGGCCUGCCACAAAGGCUGGGGUGAGAGCAUCAUUGCCGGCGUCGCUGGAGCUGGACAGGAGAUCUCCACUAGGCCUUUCCAGCUGGUGACCGGGCGCGUGUGGCGGGGCACAGCCUUUGGAGGCUGGAAGAGCGUGGAAAGUGUCCCCAAACUAGUGGAACAGUACAUGGACAAGAAGCUGAAGGUGGAUGAGUUUAUCACCCACACGCUGCCAUUCGACAAGGUUAAUGAGGGAUUUGACCUCAUGCACUCUGGAAAGAGCAUCCGCACAGUCCUGACCUUCUAAAGUGCCUUGACCACCAGUCAUGCAGCUCCCAACUGGAGCACUUAAUGCUACGUCAUUUUCAUCGUCAAAGUCACAAAAAUUUCACAAUGGUUGCAACAAUUUCUAUUAAAAAAAGCAUUCAAAUAUUUGUUUUCUGCACAUGUCACGAAUAUUGUGUCAAUAAAAUAAGCACAAUUCCUAUCAGA